AAUCAGCCAGGCAGCGUCUGCCUGCAAACAAAGAUAAAUAAAAUGUCUUCUCUAUUUCGUCGUGUGCGAGUUAUCUUUAUGAGAGUCCCUUCAAAACCCAGCGCCAACUUCUGCACCACUGAAGCCAUUGCUAAUAAACGCUUGGUAAGAAACACUUCCGCUUCCACCACUGAAACCCAACUCCAGAAAUUGGUCGACGAGUUCAAGAAGUCCUCCAAGUCUCCCCGCUUUCGACACAAUCAAAGCAUUUACAAGCGCACGGUGGCCCGUCUUGCCGGUGCCAAGAAGUUCUCUAUGAUCGAAGAUAUCCUAGAGGACCAGAAACAGUACUACAACAUCACCAGUCAAGGCUUCGCAAUGCGCCUCAUUAGCUUGUACGGUCAAUCCGGCAUGUUUGAUCACGCACAAAAGGUGUUCGAUGAAUUGCCUGACCUGAACUGUCCUCGCACUGUGAGUUCGUUUAAUGCCCUUUUAAAGGCUGGUGUUGCAUCCAAGAAAUAUGACAAAGUUGUCGAGAUUUUUAAGGAGUUCCCUUCGCGUGUUUCGAUAGAACCAGACUUGGUGUCGUAUAACAUUGUUAUUAAAGCAUUGUGCGAGAUGGGUUCUUUGGAUGAUGCUCUUUCAAUGUUUCAUGAGCUAGAGAGCAUUGGCAAAGAGCCUGAUCUGGUCACUUACAAUACAGUUCUCAAUGUACUGUAUAGGAAUGGUCAGUUUUCGGAGGGAGACAAGAUUUGGGCAAUGAUGGAGAGCAAGAAUGUUGUUCCUGAUGUUAGAAGUUAUAACACAAAGCUGCGAGGAAUGGUGCAGGAUGGCAGGGUAUCUGAAGCCGUUGAGUUAAUUAAUGAAAUGAAAAGUAAGGAUAUUACUCUUGAUGUGUUUAGUUAUAAUGCUCUAAUUAAAGGUUUUUGUGAUGGUAAGAACUUCGAGGAGGCAAAAGAAUGGUAUGGUCAACUUCAGAAAAAAGACUGUAAUCCAGACUUGGUGACUUACCAGAUGCUUAUUCCAUUGUUUUUUGAGGCAGAUGACCUCGAUAUGGCUUUUGAGCUUUGCUCAGAGGCAAUUAAUCGUGAAAUGCGUUUAAAGAAGGAGAUGUUUACACAAGUGGUUAAUGGAUUGGUCAAGCAGGACAAGGAUGAAAAAGCGUGUAAGCUUGUGGAAUUGAUAAACUCUACCAAGUACUUAAAAUAUAAACUGGAGUUGCCAGUGGUCGACUAGCAACUUAGCUGCAUCUUUUUUUAUAAUGUUUUUGGGAGUUACCAGUUUUUUUUUAGCUGAUAUUGAACCUCUAGUUAUUUUCUUUUUAUAUCUUUCUUAUCAUCUUGCUAUAUAUUUUGAAUCUUAUGAUUAAGUAUGACUGACUUCAUUUUGAGAA